AUGGGUUUGUCAGAGGAGGACCAAAAGAAAGCCCAGGACCUCAGAUUUCGACUUAAUGAAGAAACCAAUGCAGAGAAAAGUGCAAAAGAAUUUACCCAAGCAGUUGAAAUUGGAAUCAAUGUGAAUGAGAGCCAGAUUGGUGUGGUUGGAUGCUGCCAAGGUGCCGGAAACUCUUCUUGUUGCCACAAUCCAAGUCCAAAGGAAAAAAUUAAAAGCAAUCAAGUCAAUGGAGAGGGGGUGAAGAGCAACAAAGUAAGAGCAAGCAAUAGUGGCAAAGGGGCUUGCACUCGUAAGGCGUGUGCAAUGCCAACAUGGUUUGAGAGUUGGGAAAGGGACGACACAUAUGCAGCCCUGGCAGUCGUUGGGGCAGUUGUGUCAGUCGCCGUAGCUUACAGCUGUUACAGGCAGUUGAGAUAA